CCCCCUCACAGCAUCACAGCACUUGUUUUCCGGACGCGUCAACAGUGUCCAAAAUGUAGUCUAUUUGGCAGCUCUCACUAGGCUGUGAGGCUGGUUGUGGUUUUGUAGUCGGCUCUAAUGUUACAGGAGAAACAUCUGUUGCUGUAUCCUCGCCAUAGUUUGUGAGAUAGCCGUCCACCGCUAGGGUUUGCUACAGAGAUUUCCUCCCGCCGCUCCGAGCGCCUCAGCCCUCCGCCUGCCUUCAUGCAGCCCGAUACGCGCUCAGGAGAACCAGCAGCCGUGUUGAGACAUGAAAAUGCACACUAGCCGGCUAGGAAAGUUUCACAGCAGCUCCUUUGAAAUAGCGGACUAAGUGAAUGUCUGGAGGCGCGCGGUUGGGCAGGGAAACGCGAAAGCAUGACGGCCAAGAGAACCGCUUUCCAGCCGUUGUCCAGCUCCCGCAUCCCGGCGGCGGAGAGGAAGGGAGCGGCUGAGCGCGUUCAUAACCCCGAGUGCUGUGACUCUUCCCCGCAGGAGCCGGAGAAACCAGCGGCGUCCGCCUCGGGGCUUCCCGCCUUGGGGGCUGUCGGGGGCUCCGGGCCGGUGGUGGACGAGUCAUCCGACAGCGAGGGAGAGCAGGAAGGGCCGCAGAAACUCAUCAGGAAAGUGUCAACCUCCGGGCAAAUACGAAGCAAGACGAGCGUGAAGGAAGGGCUGCUUCUGAAACAGACGAGCUCGUUCCAGCGUUGGAAAAAACGUUAUUUCAAAUUGCGGGGACGGACGCUAUACUAUGCCAAGGAUGCCAAGGCGGGUGGCGUUUUGGCCCGCUGGCAGUAUCGGGUCUCUCGUAGCCGCGUGUGCUGGAGGGUGCUUUCCGUCUGCUGGACCGGUGCCCGCCGUCCGCCGCCCGCUCUCGGCGCCAGUGGAUCGGAGGAAGGCUUGGUGGCGAUUCGGUCACUUAUUUUCGAUGAGGUGGAUCUUUCAGAUGCCAGUGUUGCCGAAUCAAGCACAAAGAAUGUCAACAAUAGUUUCACGGUAAUUACACCGUUCCGAAGGCUUAUCCUGUGCGCCGAGAACAGGAAAGAAAUGGAGGACUGGAUCAGCUCGCUGAAAUCGGUUCAGUCCAGAGAGCAUUACGAGACGGCACAGUUUAAUGUGGAACAUUUCUCAGGGAUGCACAACUGGUAUGCCUGCUCCCACGCUCGCCCUACCUUCUGUAACGUCUGUCGGGACAGCCUCUCAGGGGUCACUUCUCAUGGCCUCUCUUGUGAAGUGUGUAAAUUCAAGGCCCACAAAAGAUGUGCAGUCAGGGCCACCAACAACUGCAAAUGGACAACGUUGGCCUCUAUUGGGAAGGACAUCAUUGAGGACGAGGAUGGGAUUGCGAUGCCACACCAAUGGCUGGAAGGCAACCUGCCUGUCAGUGCUAAGUGUGCCGUUUGCGACAAAACCUGUGGCAGCGUGCUACGCUUGCAGGACUGGCGUUGUUUGUGGUGCAAGGCCAUGGUGCACACGGCAUGCAUGGAUCUCUACCCCCGCAAAUGUCCCCUCGGCCAGUGCAAAGUGUCCAUUAUCCCCCCUACCGCCCUCAACAGCAUUGACUCAGACGGUUUCUGGAAGGCCACCUGUCCCCCGUCAUGUGCUAGUCCACUCCUCGUGUUUGUCAACUCAAAAAGUGGAGACAACCAAGGAGUAAAAUUCCUGCGUCGUUUCAAACAGCUGCUUAAUCCCGCUCAGGUCUUUGACCUGGUCAACGGUGGACCUCAUUUAGGUCUUCGCUUGUUCCAAAAGUUUGAUAAUUUCCGGAUUCUCGUGUGCGGUGGAGAUGGAAGCGUUGGCUGGGUCCUCUCUGAAAUCGACAAACUAAAUCUUCACAAACAGUGCCAGCUGGGCGUUCUGCCACUAGGCACCGGGAAUGACCUGGCGCGGGUGCUCGGUUGGGGGCCGUCGUGUGAUGAUGAUACUCAACUCCCUCAGAUACUGGAGAAGCUGGAGCGAGCCAGCACCAAGAUGCUGGACAGGUGGAGUAUAAUGACGUAUGAGAUUAAAAUACCUCCCAAACAAAGCUGCCCCGCCACACCUGAGGAGGCAGAGGACGGCCAGUUACAGAUAUCUGCUUAUGAGGAUUCAGUGGCUGCUCAUCUCACAAAGAUCCUGAACUCAGAUCAGCACUCAGUGGUCAUAUCUUCAUCAAAGGUAUUGUGUGAGACGGUGAAGGAAUUUGUGGCCAAAGUUGGAAAGUGUUAUGAGAGAAGCAGUGACAGUACAGAGGAAGCUGAUGCACUCGCCCUCAAAUGUGCAAUUCUGAACGAGAAGCUGGACUCCCUUCUGCAGACGUUGAAUUUGGAGGCCCAGGCCAUGACGCCCUCAGCUCUCACCACGCCACCCAUCGUGGAGGAGGAGGUGGAGGAGGAGGAACUGGAGGAAGAAGAAGAUCUGAGCGAAGAGUCUUUAACAGAGCUGAAGGAGAAUGAGACUGAGAAAGGCUCUGCACAUAAGCUCUUCAGACCCCGCGAGCAGCUCGUGCUGAGAGCAAACAGUCUGAAGAAAGCGCUCAGACAGAUCAUUGAGCAGGCAGAGAGAAUGGUGGAUGAGCAGAACGCUCACACCGAGGAGCAGGAGCUGCAGUCUCCCACUGACUUCAGGAAAGACAGUGAAGAGGAAAACCGAGACAAUGAGAAGGACGAGGAUACUAAAGAACUGGAAGCUCUGCCCUUGGCUAAGUCACCGUGUUCGCCGCCAGAGAGGCGUGUCAGUCGUAGCACGCAGUCCUGCGGCUCCUUUUCCAUCACUCCCUUCACCACAAGCAAGGAGAACCUGCCUGUUCUCAACACACGCAUCAUCUGUCCCGGUCUGCGGGCAGGUCUUGCUGCCUCUAUAGCUGGAAGCUCCAUAAUCAGUAAGAUGCUGCUUGCCAACAUAGAUCCAUUUGGUGCCACACCCUUCAUAGAUCCUGACUUGGACUCACUAGAGGGCUAUUUGGAGAAGUGUGUGAUGAAUAACUACUUUGGGAUUGGGUUAGAUGCAAAGAUCUCACUGGAGUUCAACAACAAGCGUGAGGAGCACCCAGAGAAAUGCAGAAGUCGCACUAAAAACAUGAUGUGGUAUGGAGUUCUGGGGACGAAAGAGCUUCUGCAGCGGACCUACAAGAACUUGGAGCAGAAAGUUCAGCUGGAGUGUGACGGCCAGUACAUCCCACUCCCCAGUCUCCAAGGAAUCGCUGUGCUGAACAUCCCCAGCUACGCUGGGGGAACCAACUUCUGGGGCGGCACCAAAGAAGAUGACAUAUUUUGUGCCCCUUCGUUUGAUGAUAAAAUUUUGGAAGUGGUCGCUGUGUUUGGCAGUAUGCAGAUGGCUGUCUCAAGGGUGAUCAAACUGCAGCAUCACCGUAUUGCACAGUGUCGCACAGUGAAGAUCACCAUCCUGGGAGAUGAAGGAGUGCCUGUCCAGGUGGAUGGAGAAGCCUGGAUUCAACCUCCAGGAGUCAUCAAGAUUCAGCACAAGAACCGGGCCCAGAUGCUGACAAGAGACCGGGCGUUUGAAAACACGCUGAAGUCUUGGGAGGAUAAACUGAAAUACGACAAGCCUCCGCUGAGGCCGCAUCUGUAUCCUCAGCACUCUGUGGAUCUGGCCACAGAGGAGGAGGCCACGCUCAUCCAGAUGUGCGCUCGGGCCGCAGAGGAUCUCAUCACCAGGAUCUGCGAGGCUGCCAAAAACUACCAACUCCUCGAGCAGGAACUCGCCCACGCUGUCAAUGCCUCCUCUCACGCCAUCAACAAAACACACCCUAAGUUCCCCGAGAGCCUGACAAGAAACACUGCCAUUGAGGUGGCCAGCACCGUGAAGGCCCUGCACAAUGAGACGGAGUCGCUGCUAGUAGGACGAGUGCCAUUGCAACUGGACCCUCCACAUGAAGAGCUGCUGUCCAGUGCCCUGCAGAGUGUUGAGGUUGAACUGGGAAAGCUGGCUGAGAUCCCAUGGCUCUACCACAUUUUACAGCCCAAUGACGAGGAGGAUCACUCGCUCGAGUACGGAAAAAGAAACAGUCGGAGUGGCAUGUUUCGCAUAGUGCCAAAGUUCAAGAAAGAGAAAGCCCCGAAGAAGUCCAGCCCACAGUCAGUUCAGAGGUGGGGCACUGAAGAGGUGGCCGCCUGGCUGGAGCAGCUCAGCUUGGGAGAAUACAAAGAGACCUUCAUCCGCCACGACAUCCGCGGCUCCGAGCUCCUGCACCUGGAGAGGAGAGACCUCAAGGAUCUGGGGAUCUCGAAGGUGGGUCAUAUGAAGAGAAUUCUCCAGGGAACUAAGGACUUGGCCAAGAGUUCGAUGGUGGACCUGUGAGAGAGACGUCAACACACAUUCCGUUCGUGAGCGAAGAGGAGUUGAAGCGGGAGCUCCGGUGUGGGAAGCGCUUUGGUUUUUUGUGGAUCUCUGUAGGAAUAGCUUGUAGAAAAGCUAGGAAUGUUUGUUUUAGAGCAAGCGCUGGUGCCAAAACGACAAGGAUUGCGUUCCGAGACUUUUAGACCCAUAGAAAAGCCAUUCCUCACCUAUCGCAUCGACGGCACAAUCAGGUAUGCAAUUCUCAUCGUGCACGCGACCUCCGGCCUCUUUAACAGAUUCCAAAUCAAGUAGCAGAACAGGACUUCCAAACCCGAGAGGAGCGCACGGCCUCUGAGUAGCUCGCUGGCUCUUUGCCUUGCGGUAGAUGGCAACAAUAGGAGGGCGAUGUGAUGUGUCAGCAAUAUUCUGCUUUUGACAGCACUGUUUACAUUUUAAGGAGACGGGAAAAAGACUGCUGGGGUAUCGCAAUCAAACGGCAAUCAUCCUAGUGCGCCGCUGCAGUCCAGGAAAGGUCAAAAGGGGUUUCCUUCGCCAGUGACAUACUGAUGCAUGGUAUGCUUGCUAUAUUUGGAUAGCUGUUUUACUGCAUGAUCUGCGUCUUGUUUUUUAUUGUACAAACUAACACUUGAACAAGUUUUAUAUGAAUUUAGUAUAACGCCAUUUGUUACUACUGAAGCAUCCCUUUGGUCAAAGUAGACUGCUGAUUUAUUAUUUCUAUUUAUCUGUCUGCAUGGAAACCUCGUGUCAAAAGCGGUGUCAUGUGCCAUAUUUAUUGUCAGAUGAGCUUUAUCGCUAAGAAACGUUUUAAUCUUAGGUAGGUCGGUGAAGUAAGUACCAAAGCGAAUGUCCCCUGGUUUUUAAAGCGAAAUGUUCUUCAAAAAGUUUCGUUUGCCCUCUAAAACGUUGGAAAUUGUCUUCAAAAACGGUUCAGAAACACAUGAACACGACGACUCUUUGUAGCUUCAAACUUCUUCUUAUUAUACAUUAGUUGAAAUAGGACUUUUAUUGUUUUGAGUAAGAAAUUGCAGUUGACCUGCAACAUAGUUGAUAUUUACUGAGUUCAGGAACCCAGUGCAAGUUCGAUAGGAUCAUCUACAUUUGGUCGGUGGCAUUACAGGGUAUAAGAGAUCGUUUGUUUGUUAAUAUAUGCACUGUAUAUACGUUUAAAAAGUCUAAACUGUUAACUCCAGUUACGAGUAAAGCCUUUGUAUAAUAGAACGCUUACACGAUAUUAUCGGAUGACACAUUUAUUUGUGUAUAGAGCACCAUAACACCUUUGUGAAUUAUUCUGUUUAGUAAUCGCCUUUACACGUUAAGUGCUGUUGUACUCUAUGGAAGGUGCAAUAUUGUAUUUAUUUUGAUACAUUUCUUCUCUACGAAGCUUUAUGACGUGAGGUUUUUCCAUGGAAAACUAAAAAAGAUAAACUUCACACACUUCUUUCGGUUUUGGAUUAAGGUGGACUUUGGGUCAGACGAAUCAUGCCAUGUUCUCUCUCUCCAAAAUUCAUAAAUCUUCCAUAAGCAAAUCGUUGAUCCUGUCAAACCGUGCUUCCAGGAUAAUUUGCUAGACGGCUGGAUGUUUCCUCACACCGACUAUAAAACUGUUGUGCCUCUAUUUUUUCCGCAAAGUGGAAAAUUUCGAGCUCGGAGCUACACGUAGUUCUACACAAGCCAACCCGACCAACGGUGCACAUGGGACUCAUAACAGUGGAUUUUAGUUUAUGUUAUAUUAUAAUGUUCCUCUAGAGGGUGUUCGAUAACAUCAAAGGAGUACUUGAUAUAUACACAGAGCGAGAGUCGGAAAAGAUGUGGUGUUCCCAACCGAGAAAUCCAAUUCUAGCCACAAUUUACCUGACGUGAGAUUCAAACAAAUAUGGAGGACCGGGUUCGGUUGGUUGGGUGGAACCGAGCAGGAUGUUUUUAAAAAGAAAAAUACACAAUUGAAGAGUUCAGUGGGAGUUUAGGCAGUAUUAUCAAAUGAUGAGACUAAAAAUGAGAGUGAAUUCAUCACAGCAUUCAUUAAUCAGUAAUAAUUAUAACAUCGCAUGGCGCCAAACUUUGGCCUGAAGAGUCUAUUGUACACAAAGAAACAAGAAAAUGUCCUUAAACGUCUUUAAUAUUAUCACAAACUGACAAUUUGGUGAAUACGCAAGCAGUAAAAGUGUGAUUUACACUUUUUAUAGCUUGUGUGUUUGGUUUCUAAAUGUCAGUUGAGUUUUGAUGGUUUAAUGCUCUCGCCAGCCAAUAAUUCACCACACAACACACACUGUGGUUUGCACAAACCAUGUUUAUUCUUGUUGUAAGUGAACCCGUAUUUAAUGUCGUUUGGCAUUGUCCAUAUUGGCAUCUACGCAGUAUGCCUAGUUUCCACCAACUGAAAGAUGAACUUAAUACCGUCCAGUUUGAUUGGGCGCAUAAUGCUGGACGAACAAAAUCAAACAUUUCUCCCUUCUUAUAAAAGUUGAUAAGUGUAUUUUUAUUUCUAUGCUAGCUACAUGCAACUUAAUGGUUUUCUAGCAGUUGAGAGCCAACAGUGCAGCCUGCUUUUUUCAGCAAUCCAUGUUGUUUGUCCGUUUGCGGUUAAAUUGGCAACUUAAUGUCUCUCGCUUCCCGUCUUUUCUCAGUAGCGAGCAUUUACUGAGGUUUCAGCGUCUGCCUGUAGGCAUUUCAGGUUGGCUGUUUAAUCCAUCGGCAGGCCCACGUGAAAUCUGCGCCAGCAGAACUCUGCAAAAACCUCUGCUGAUUGAGAUGCGCAUCAAGUUUUACACAUUCCCUUUCACUUGCGUAUUUCUUUAUGAAAUAUUUUGGCCAGUUUAUAGGGAUAGUUUACCCAGAAAUGCAAAUGACCCCAUGAUUUAUUCACUCUCAAGCCAUUCUAGGUGUCUGUGACUUUCUUCUUUUAGAUCAAUGCAGUCUGAGUUUUAUUAAAAAAUGUCCUGCCUCCUCCAAGCUUUAUAAUGGCAGUGAAUGGCUGUUGAGAUUUUGAAGUCCAAUAAAGUGCAUCCAUCCAUCAUAAAAAGUACUCCACACAGCUCUGGGUGUUAAUAAAGGCCUCCUUUAUGUAAUUAAAAUAUCCAUAUUAGCUUCUGCUAACUGUUUUUAGUUUACAGUUUGUAAAGUUUUUAAAUAUGGAUACUUAACACAAACAGUUUGCUUUAGAAGGCCUUUAGUAACCCCCGGAGACGUGUGGAGUACUUUUAAUGAUGGAUGGAUGCACUUUUUUGAACUUCAAAAAUUCAACACCCAUUCACUGCUAUUAUAAUGCUUGGGAGAGCCAGGACAUUUUUUAAAAAUAACUCUGUAUUCAUCUGAAAGAAGAAAGUCUCCUAGGAUGGCUUGAGGGUGAGAAAAUCAUGAGAUUAUUUUCAUUUUUGGGUGAACUGUGCCUUUAAUGCUUUCAACUACCACUUACUGUGCAGAGAAUGACAUCUGGACUUCAUGUUGCAGUUCAUGCAGUUCAUGUUGUGGUCAUAUAAUAUCGAAACCUGUGUGCACAUACCUCCAUUUCGAAAGCAUGGCUGAAUGUACUGAUAUGCUUUUCAGAUAAGCAUUUCUGAGUGACCGCAUUACAAAAAGUAAUUUCCCCACCUAGCUAGAACCAUGACCAAAGACCCAAGAUCAUUUCCAGAACUCUACGAAGCUGCCCGAAACCCGGUUUAAUUGGCCUUACAUGAUCUCUGUUUGACAGCUGUAGCAGGUCGACCUUGUAUAUGGUGCCUCUGUAUAGUUCAUUUGUUCACAAUAGACUCAAAUCACACAAGUGCAGUCUUCCUCUCAUGCCACACUGAAUACAUGUGCACAUGAUCACAUGAACCUCAGAUCAGUUCUCAAGCCACCACGCGAGUGACUUCGGUGGGCUUCGGCUUAUCGAUGGCAAAGGUAAAGCUGUAAACUGCCUGGUUUUUCGAAAACAAAUUCAUUUGAGGAAUUUGUAGAGCAAGGUAACAUAUCUUUGACAUGAUUUAUAUCCAGUUAAGAGAAGUGCGAUGUGAGUUUCAUUUGUUUACAUUGUGUUUACAAUGGCACAGUUUCAUUUUUAAGACUACAUGUAUAGGUAUAUUUACAAUACUUGCAUAUUUAUUAAGAUUAAACAACUGAUGUGUAUGUGUUUUCACUAUUGGGAUAUAAUGUUACGGUAGCCACUUGUAUUGAUAUCUGGAUGAUUUUGGUAAGUAGUAGAUAAUUUUUAUGACUACUAAGUGACUGUUUUCUGUGCCUUUUUAUCGUAGAUGCAUGGUUAACUAUUUAUUACAAUAUGGAGGUCACUGAGAUGUGUAUUUUUGUAUCCUGAUUAAAUAAGUGUUUCGAUUUUGAUGUACAUUUUGAGGUGGUAAAACGCUGCCAGUUGAUAUCUUCCUUCUUCAAUAAAAUUGAAUGCAUACACAGUA